CGAAGUUGACCGAAACUUAUCGAAAGGAUGACACAAGUCAUCGAAUCAGCUGUUUAUGUUGCAUGUGAUGGAGUAGUAUAAUUGUUGAAUAAUUUUCUAUCUGGCACGUUAUUUUUUAAUUUACAACUUCUACGAUGAACAGUUCGACAGAUCCCAGACGACCUGAGAAGGAAGUCCGUUACAAGCCACCAGGUUCAAAUAAUCAGGGGCAAAUGCAGGACGAUUUGACACCAGACUAUAUGAAUGUUAUAGGGAUGAUCUUCAGCAUGUGCGGCUUGAUGAUGAGACUGAAAUGGUGCGCCUGGGUCGCAUUGUACUGCUCUUGCAUCAGCUUCGCCAAUUCACGUGUCAGUGAAGACACCAAGCAAAUCCUCAGCUGCUUCAUGCUGUCGAUAUCAGCAGUGGUGAUGUCUUAUCUGCAAAAUCCCCAACCAAUGACACCACCGUGGGCAAGUGCCAUCCAAUGAGUCUAAAGUCUGCUUGUUGCACAACUUAAAUAUCUUCAAUUUAUACUUAAGUAUAAAAAAAUUUGAACAUUUGAAAUAUAAUAAUAAUUGUUAUGUUGAAGUGCGAAUGAUUAUUUGUACAAAAGUGUCCUAUAAUAUGAAUAAGAUUCAUUAUAAUGUUAAUUUAUUAUAUCAUGACACACAGUUAUACAGUUCUAAGUUACUGAAUAUGUAAAUAAGGGAUUGCAUAUACAUUAUAUACAGAUAUUUCUUUCACCAUUGUUUAUUUCUUAUAAUUUUAUUACAUUAAAAUCAACUCUAUGUUCUGCGAGUUUCUUCUAAAGGGACACUAUAUAAAUAUAUUUAUAUAUAUUACAAGAAGUGUCAAUAAAUAUUAGAUUUUCUAAAUAUAAGUUAUACUGUCUAGAAUUAAAUGCUACCUGGUGGGACUACUUUUCUUUUUUUUUUUACAUAAGUACAACGCAACGUCGAAAUUGACUUUUAAAAGUAUUUUCAUAAAAGUCAUGUACUCGACCGUUUUAUUUCUUCCAACUUUAUCGUGACAAUAGUGAUAACAUUUCUCGAAAUAUUUCUUCAUUCACAUUAUAUAUGUAUUAUCAUUAAAGUAAUUCGAAAAAUAAAUAGAAAAGUAUCAUUGAUUAAUUUGUUAUGUUAGAGUAUGUUCUAACAAACUAUAAGAACAGUAUAAAUUAUAUAUAUAUAUAUAUAUCAAAAGAUCGAAACGGAACAUAGAUGAGAUUCCUUAUUUGACGAAUUCAUAUAUUUUAGAAAUGUAUAAAAAUCAAUAAUUCCUCUACUAUAUUCUUAACAAAUAAUAUCGAUGCGGAGUAGGCCGCUGCUGCCAUGUGCAGUACAAGUUUUAAUCUUGACUAGAUUUCGUAGUUAGUCGCAGAGAUACAUAUUUUCUUUUUUGAUAUUUUUCAAAUCGAAGUAGAUUUUAUUAUAUAGUAACAGUAUACGAAACUAAAACUCCUAAAAGACAAAUGAUUCUAUAGUGUGUCUACAAUUAUGUUCAAUUUGUUAUAUAUUUUAAUCGCAUUAUUAAAACAAUAGCUAAAUUGACAUACGUAUGUAUGCUUAUAGGAGUACACACGAAUACAUUUAUAUAUUCGUGUUUAAAGUACGAAUAAAAUAUGAAUUAGUAAUAUCUGGUUGAAACAUUCAUAUGUAUCAGGACAGGAAAGUGAGUAAUAUCUGAACCUGUUGAAAUAAAGAUAAUCUAGACAA